AAAAAUAAUAAUAAUAACAUAGCAAAAUUCGUGUAAAUAUCUCUUCAUUCGGCUUUAUCCUCCAUCACAAUCUUCCCUCAUUAUUUCACCUUAAUUUACGCAUUCCCCCUGAAGCUAAAACCCCUGCCAAAACCCUCACAAACCCUUUUGAGGUGUUUCCCUCACAAUCCAACAACAAUGAACACCAACGGCGGUUCCUCCUUCAGCUCCUCCUCCGCCGCCACCCCUAACUUCGACAACCUCCUCCUCCAAUCCCUCAUGUCUCGCCUCCAGCUCCGGCCUCCCAACCUCCACGCGCCGCCGCCGCCCUCCUUCGCCGCCGAUAAAACGCUCGAGGAACUCCUCUUCUCCGACCUGCUCGUCAACCUAUCGGAAUCCGAUUCCGAUUCCGAAGGCGGCGAGAGCUCCUCCACCUCUUCCAAAACUCAGCUCGCCAGAGAAGAGUCCAAGCUCGAAAAGGAGAUCAUCCGUACGGUCCUCAGCGGCGAAAUCGAAAAACUGAAACCGAAUUCCGGCCAGGCUACUUCGAUCGGUGAGCACCAUGUCUGCGUAGGGUUUCAAGAGGAGACGGGGUCGGAUUAUCGGGUGUGGGAGUGGCAUGGGCAUAUUAUGCUGUUUGAUGAGGAGAAUGGAUAUACAGCUGAGUAUACUUACGGUAACUACUUUGAGAGAGUCGGUGCAUCAAAGAGGAAAAUGAAAACCGAAGAAUCUACGAAAAAGGAGACUGAAGAAGAAGAUGAUGAUGAUGAUGAUGAUGAUGAAAAAGAGGCGGAGGCGGAGAAGGUGGGGAAUUUGGGGUUGAAAGAUCUGAUUGAAAGCGGAGAUUCGGUCAACGGACGGAUUCUUCAUCGCAACAUAAACCCUAAUUCUGGAUCGCCAAGGUUCUAGAUGGGACGAUUCUCGAAAUCAGAAUAAAGAACGUUGUGUGGGAUGAAGAUGAAAGCACACCACCAUAGCCAAACUUUUUGUGCUUUGCUUGAGCUGUUUGCUCAAUUUGAUCCUUGUAUUUUAUUUUAUUUUUUUCAUACAAUAUUUCGAUUGAAAAUCUAUUAUAUUUUCACAAUCUAAAUUGAUCUUAACAAGAGCCA